AUGGUCUCCACUUUACUCUUUUGCCUGCUCUCUUUUCAAUUAUCUUUUGUUUUUCCUGCAAGAAACAUUUCUCUCAAGUGCAUGCAAGAUACUGAUGAAUUUCUUUCUGAUCUGAAUUCAGUGACGCCCAAAGAAUACGCCCUGAGAAUGUAUGACUCUGUGGGGAAGCUUGGGAGCAACAUUCUUAAUGGCAACCUGGACAGGCUGGGAUCUUACAGCGAGUGCCUCUCCGCCCACAGCCCCACUAGAAGCUUCCGAGGGCAGUAUUGCAAGCUUCAUAUACUUCAGGAUGGAGCUGAUUACAGUGUGGGCGUAUGUAUCCCUGAUUCUUGUACCGAAGAGGAUGUGACUAUGAUGUCUCAGCUGGGUAUUUUAAGAUUUAGAAACACGUCAUUCUCAGCCCCUUCCCUUUCCCUCUUUGCAUCAAAUUCUUCCACCUUGGCUGGUGGAAGUGUGGCCAGAUGUGCUGCUGGAAUGUUCCCCCUGGACACCUUCACCGCUAUGUGUCUGUUCAUCACCUUGCUGGGCCUCGCUCUCCCUCUCGCUGGAACGCUCUGGAUGGCUGCCAGGGGCUGGGGCUCAGACCUCAGGGUGCUGUCACCGGCAGGCGGGGCCCCCUCGACCAGCUACGGGAGUCUGCCUUUGAGAGAGAUGGGGAGCAAUGGGCACAGAAGCAGGGCGUGGGGGGCAGCUUCCCGGGCCCCUCUCUCCCCUGCCGGACCUCCAAGCAGAGGAAGAAGGUUUCUAGGAGCCAUGAAUCAUGCUCUGCAGUGCUUUUCUUGGCAGAAGAAUAUGCCAGCCAUCUGGACCACAAAGAUGCCAGAAGGCACCUUCCCUGCACUGAAUGGCAUCCGGGUCUUGAGCCUCCUUUGGAUUAUCUCGGGACACACCAGCCAGAUGACGGCGUGGCUGUCUUUGGAUAACGUGCUUGAAUGGAAAACCAAGGUGCCUAAAAACCCACUAUACCUUUAUUCUUCGAGUGGCCCAUACUAUCUCGGGGUUGAUACAUUUUUCCUGAUCAGUGGUUGGUUAAGUGCAAGGUCAUUUCUAAAGAUGCAUCAGAAUUUAGACAAAAGAAUAACCUUGAAGGUCAUAUUCAGAUACUUUUUCAAUCGCCUUAUAAGGUUGCAGCCUCUUCACCUGUAUUCAGUGUGCUUGGUUGGAUUGUUUUCUCUUGUUCCCUGGGGACCUGUCUGGGAAGUGCCCAAAUUCCACUGGGAUAGCUGCCGGCAAGCUUGGUGGACAAACCUGCUGCUGCUGAAUAACUUUGUGUUGGUUCGAAAUGCGUGCAAUGGCUGGACUUGGUACCUGGCCAACGACUUCCAGCUCCAUCUCAUAACACCGGUGUUCAUCUUCAUCUAUGGAAAAAGUAAACAUGUCCUUGUCCUGCUCGGGGCCAUGCUGUUCCUGUUGUCUUUCACUGUCACUGCAAUGCUCACCCUGGCUUAUAAACUUCCAGUGGCGUCUCUAUCUGCAGCCAGUGAAAAAGAGACUGUGUUGUAUUUCUUGGAAUAUUAUACCAAACCCUACUGCCGGUGUGGACCAUUCCUUGUGGGCCUCUUUUUUAGUAUUUUCAUGCAUCAAAACCAUCAGCCGAACAUUCUUAAAACUAAGGUGCAGGCCCUGUUGGGGUGGAUUUUCUCCCUACUGACUCUGUUUGCAGUUGUUGCUCUGGCAUAUGUAAUGGAUGAUAUCUCUGCUGUCUCUUCUGUGGCUGCUGCAGUCUACCAGGCUCUUCACCGGACCCUGUGGGCAGUGGCCGUGGGCUGGGUCAUCUUUGCCUGCCAAGAAGGCUAUGGAGGUCUGGUGAACCAGAUGCUUUCUUGUGACCUCUGGAGUUUCCUGUCCAGCAUCAGUUACGCCUGCUACCUGGUGCACCCGAUUCUGAUCAUGCUCUACAAUGGACUUCAGGAGACACCCAUUCACUACACCGACACCAACGUGUUCUAUCUCUUCUCUGGACACUGUGUGCUGACCUUGGUCUCUGGGCUGGCCCUGACACUGUUCAUUGAGAAGCCCUGGCAGGAGCUGAAGCAGUGCCUGCAGGGCCCUGAGCACUCUGGCUGAAACCCAAAAGCAUGGAUGGCCCUUUGUUGAUAGUGAAGAGCAGAAGCAGGGACAGCCUCCUGAUGUAAAGUGUUCCUGAGAGAAUGUGAACCUGAUUUUGUGAACACCCAGUACGUACAAGUUCUCUGUGCUUAACUGUAGGAAAGAGCUCUAUGACAAUGUUUGUAGCAGUACAAUAAUCACUCUGUGUUGAAACUUUUAAGCAAAAAUACCUGGAUAUUUUGGGAGUUAGGUUGCCUCUGAGGAUCACAGUGUUAAAGCAAAGGACAAUGGAGACCACGCCCAAGGGAUUCCCUAAAUGACAAAGCCAGUGGACCCUCCUAAGUGACCUCAACCUUGGUCAUUUUGCAAACAUAACCAAGACUUAACUUGAGUUAUUUCUUGUAAAUGCUUAUAUUAUAGUAAAGAAAAACAGAAGUUAAGCUCCACCAAUCAGGAGCAGCAAGUGAACUUCAAGUGUCAUGUAAAUAGGAGCUUUCCAGUGAGAGAACAAAGAAGGAAGCCUUUGUGAACAGAAAUCGAUCACGUUGUCUUCGCCUACUUCUGUGCCUGGAAAGGCCUCCUCUCAUCCCCUUGUGUCCCAAAGGUGGCGCUCUUGAGCCACUUCUGAUUUGGAGCUGCUUGAUCAUGAUUGCUCAAAUAAACUCUAGAAAUGUCCCUGAGUUUAUUUUUAACAAUCCAAGAUGGUCUGUAAAUGUAGCAAAUUUAUUGUAAUUUGGGUUAUGAUUUUCACUUGGGCUAUGAUGUCUGCCAUUUGUGAAAUCACCAUUUGUAGUUUUCCACAAUACAAUUGUCUAUCAUUGCUCUUGAUAGACUCAUAACUCUUUUUCCCCAGUACUGGAGAUUGAACCCAGGGCCUUCAUACUGAACUGCAUCUCCAGCCUCUUUUUUUAUUUUGAGACAAGGUCUCUGUAAGUCACUAAUGGGCUCAAAUUUGUGAUUCUCCCAUCUCAGCCUCCCAGUGUGCCGGUGUUACAGGCAUGUGCCAACCAUGCGUGGUUAGAGACUUGCAGCUUUACCCUGGGACCUCAGAGUGAUGUGGACACAGUUUGUCAUCCUAAGCUUUUGAACAUUGUCUUUCCUACAUUGUGGUUGCUGCCGUGGGUUGAACUGCCCUCCACCCAAAAGAUGUACUGAAGUCCUAACCCUCAGUUUCUCAGAAUGUUACCUUGUUUAGAGAUAACCUUUACAGGGGUACUUAAGUUAAAAUGAAGUCACUGGGGCACAAGACCUUUAUCUAAUGACCAAUUCCUUAUGAAAAGAGACAGAUAUCCACAGAGGGAAGAUGCUGGAAAGAAACCUAGGGAGAAGACAACCAUCUACAAGCCAAGAAAUGCCAAAGAUGGCUGGCAAACACCAGCAGCUGGAAGAAUCAGGAAGGGGUUCUUCUCUAGGGCCCCCAGAGAGAGCAUGGUGCUGGGAACACCUCAAUUUCAGACUUUUGCCCUCCAAAACUAUGAGAGAACUACAUAUUUCCAUUGAAGCCACCCAGCUUUAGUACUUUGCUACAGCAGCCUCAGGAAACUACAGUAUUCCCCUUUACCCACAGAGGUUAUGGUCCAAGAUGCCCAGGGGUUGUCUAAAACCAGGGAAAGUCCCAAACUCUAUAUAUUCUGCUUUUUCCUAUAUAUACACACCUAUGAUAAAAAUUAAUUUAUAAAUUAUGUACAGUAAGAAAUAAGCAAUAACUAAUAAUAGAAUAAUUAUAACAAUAUGCUAUAAUGAAGGUUAAGUGAAUGUGGAUUUGUCUCUCAAAAUAUGAAAAAGGGACUUUCCCUUUUUCAUACAAAGGAAGCACUUUGUAGCCGAUCUUUAGUAUCCAAAUCCAAGCAUCUCUACUCUUGUUCUUGGGGCCAUUAGUAAGCAAAACCAGGAUUAGUUGAACACAAGCACUCUUACACUGCCGUGUUUGGUUUGAUAACUGAGGCUACAGAGUGACAAAUGGGCAGGUGGGCAGUGUAUACACCUGAACCAAUGGAUGGUUCAUGAUUUUUUUCCCCUCAUCAACCCUGGAAAUAGAACCCAGGACCUUGCACGUACCAGGCAAGUGCUCUACCACUGAGCCACAUCCCAGCAUAAAGGAUGGUCCGAAAGCCCAAGUGAGAAGGUGAGGGUGUGAGAGACUUCAUGACGCCACUCAGAAGAGUGUGUGAUUUAAAACUAUGAGUUGUUUAUUUCUGGCAUUUUCUUGUUAAUACUUUCAGACAGUGGUUGACUGGAAGUAACUGAAACUGCAGAGAGCAGAACUGCAGGUAUAAGUCCCCCGCAAACUAACCAGGAAGCAAGAGGCCUCAGUGAACUGCUUCUGCCCCAACCUCAGUUUCUGACAAUGGGGUCUAGAGACAGGGGACACUCGCAAGGCCACAGGGAACAUCUUGGUGCCCAGGGUUUCAGGCUUGAGUGUUUCCCUAGGUGUAUAACUUCACAUCAACUGCCCACACUUGUGGAUGUCUAGUUCUGCUUCUAGCACACAGCUCCUCCUUAUUUGCUUUAUAACCGAAGUACAGAGCAAGGUCUCAGGACUAUAAGGUGCUUCUUGGCACAAAAUGUGCUAUCCCUGUGUGUGCUCUGCACUGAGCAGGAAGAUCACUGAGGGGUGGGAAGGGCAGGAAACUUGAAAUCCUCUGAGAAGCAACUGACAGUGAAUCUGCCACAUCUCCCUGAGUCCUGGUCUCUGCUGACAGAAUCUGACCUGAGCAAGGGAGGUGUCAAGCUUCACAUGUUACAAAGCAGGGGAGUAAAAAAAGAGUAAAAUAAAAAAAUAGAAAGGAAACCAUGCCAACUGGGAGUGGGGUGGAGAGCUGGCGGGUUGGCUUUUGGGUAACCUUGAAGUUCUUCGAGGUCCUCGGGCGCCCCCUGGUGGCUCUGUGGGCACCGCAAUCCUCUUCAUUAGGCCUCAGAGGAGCUACUGAGGGUCAGGGGCAUUGACUAGGUAACACACCAAUGUGGGUGGACUCUAAUGGGAAAUGACUCACCUGCCAACGCAGUUUUGCAGCCAGGUUGCCAAAUGCUUCUACUUAUGAGGCAAGAGCCCGGGAACCCGUGGAAAUAGCUUUCCAGUGAUUAACAUAGCCUUGCAAAACUUACAAGAAUAAAAAGAAGAAAACAGAUUGUUACUGAUACUGUUCUUGGAAUUUCCACUCAUUCUAACAUAGGUUAAUCUCCCUUGGAUGUAGAGUGUAUAGGUGCCAAGAUGCCCGAGUGACAGUGGGUUUCUCUUUGCAUUUGUCCUGCUUACCAUCAUGUUUGUA